ACACGGUCACACACACCACAACCCAGCCACCCACCACCUCCCCCAAUUGCCUCUUCUCUUCUCCCAGCAGCUGCCGCGACGCAGUCCUACUCCUGCGGUGCCUCCAGUUUCGCAGCACCGUUGCCACACAUCGCCAACUAACGCCAUCGAUCACCCGGCGGCCGCCCAGAGUCCUGCCCUGCCAUAUCCGAACCUGCUCCUGCAGCUAGCCAGCAACACAGACAGAAUAGGUCGGUCGGUCGAUCGAUCGAUGGCCAGCGUUAUCGACGGCAAUGGAGGCAGCCGGCUGGUGGUGACGGAGCUGGGCCACCUCAAGGAGCUGGCGAUGCAGCUGGAGGGGCACCUCGGCGGCUCCUCGCCGGACCUCUGCAAGCACCUCGCCUCGCAGAUCUCCUCCAUCACCGACCGCUCCAUCAGCCUGCUCAUCACCGCCACCUCAUCAAGCCCCCACGGCGGCGCCUCUGACGCGCCGCCCUUCAUCAGGGCUACUACCAAGAAAAGGAAGAGGAUGGACAAGAAGAGGCAUGAGGUGAGGGUGGGCUCGGCCGGAGGCGGCGGCGGCGACCAUCCGGCCGACGACGGCUACAGCUGGAGGAAGUACGGCCAGAAGGAGAUCCUUGGAGCCAAGCACCCAAGGGGCUACUACCGCUGCACGCACAAGAGCUCUCAGGGAUGUGCGGCGACGAAGCAAGUGCAGCGCACCGACGAGGACCCGGCCUUCUUCGACGUCGUCUACCUCGGCGACCACACCUGCGUUCAGAGCCAGAGGGCGGCAGCGACGGCGGGUCGUCAGGCUGCCGCGGACGCGCAGGCGCCGGAGUACGACGCCAACCUCAUGGUGAAGACCGAGGGGCCGGCCCUGGAGCCAGAGCAGCAGCGGCGGGGCUGGGAGGACGCGCCCACGCCCUUUCUCUUCUCCUCCACGCCGGCGUGCCUUGUGCCGGAGCGCAGCCCCUUCUCCGCACCGUCCACGUCCGAGAACUGGGGCGUGUCCCCGGCGACCUCGGACUCCAACCACGUCGUCUCUUUCCCGCCUUUCGAGGUCGCCGCCGCCGCUGCCGCGCAGUUCGAGUUCGAGGAAGUCAUGUCAGCGAUCGACAGAGCCGACGGCGAGUUUCUCGAGGACCUCGACAUCUAUGUCUCAAGCUUCUUAGCGUGAUCUGCUGGAUGUAAUGUAACCGAUGAACGCUAGGGAAUGGGAAUCUGAGGCAGCUGUUACCAUGAGUUGCUCUCUGCCGUUUGUCCAGGGGCAGAGCAGGGAAGAACACAUGUUCUUCCUCGGCCCGUCCCGUUGUAAACCUUAGGGUGUGAGAAUAUUGAAUGUCCCAUCUCUCUCUCUCUUUUUCUUCGGUCGAGGGUUUGCAAGGAAAACAAUUUCGUAAUAGUGCUGUCAGUUCAGCUAAACAUGUGAGUUUCUCGUGAAUUUAAACAUUUUUCCAACG